UUGCGGCAGCGCCACGAGGCGCAACGGUUGUUUCCAUUUCGAAAACAAAAUAAAAUAAACGCAAAACGUAACGGAAAAGCUACAGCUAGAGUGCAGUGAAAGUACAGUGAAGUGUCCUGUGAAACGAACAAUCUACGACAAGUGCAGCCACAUUGGAAAGUUUUCCGGUAUGAGAGCUUUGGGUUUGUGUGGCCUGCUCUUGGCUGUGGCCAGCAGUCAGGGCUACGAGGGAUACUCCAGAUCGAGUUAUAGCUCACGUCAGUCAUCGUCUUCGUAUGGCGGUGGACAGACAUCAUCCCAAGGUUCCUCCUACGUGCAGUCUGCACCACAACUGAGCACCUGGGCCUAUGCACACUUUAACGAUGUGCGAGAGCUGGCGAAUCAUUUGAAGCAGGAAUACAAUGCGCUCUCCCAGGGUGCCAGCAAUAGCAUGGGCUAUGGAGGAUCCUGGAGCGCUUCAAUUUUGGAUCUUUGCGGCAAGAGUGCUGGCCAAUUGGAUGCUUUGAGCUCUCAGCUUAGUCAGCAACUGGUGGCGGACAUGCGACAGGGCAGCCUCAGCUAUGCCACCAUUUCACAGCCAAAUUUCUUUGAGUCAAAGGCCGCCGAGCUGCUGGAACGCUUCUCCAGCAAUGUGAGCGACAAUCUGCAGCAGAGCGUUGACUUGAGCUCCUUCCAGCCUGUGGACUUGAGUGGCUUUGAUGAGGUCAAGAACUAUGCCUAUCCCGCCGAGGUGAAGGUUAUCGAUGGCAAGACCUAUGUGGUGCAUCGCAACUGCACAGAGGCCACCAAGCUGACGGGCAACUAUGGGAAUGCGGCACAAAUGAAUCAGGGUUUCUAUACGCAAUCGCAGACUUCCAUCCCAGCUGGCAGCAGCACCACUACCACCAUUACGAGGAAGAAGACCAUCCACGAUUGGGUGCGCGAGAAUAUGGAACCCACUGUCGUGGGCUACAAUUCGGUGGUCCAUGUGGAUGGAGGUUUGCGAGGUGCCCCACUGGCCAUACCCAGUGCCUACAAUCAGAUUAGCUCUCCCGGCUCCAGCUCCACUGUGGUUAUACGGAGAUUUAACAAGACCAUUACCACACAUCCAGAUGGCACCAGCUCUGUGGGUGGCUCCGAGUCACAGCAGCGCUGGCAGGAUGGCAAAUUGGUGCUCGACGAACAGCGUCCCUUUGGGCAGUCUUCGGUGCCUCGGGACGAGCAGUGGAAGCGGGAGGAGCGGGAGCGGUUCUUCUGGUAUCUGACCACACCGCAGAGACUGGAGGACUGGCAGCGUCAGCAGGAGGAUCGGCUGUUGGGUGUGGUGGAGCGCUAUCACAUCACACUGCCCAUGCUGGAGGAGUUCCAUCGCCGCGAGCUGUCGCGCUACCAGGCAUUGCUCGGACAGUACCAGUCGCAGGUGCAGGAUGCCAGCGCCUGGCAGAGGCAGGAGCGCAGUCGCCUGGACUGGCUGAUACAUCAGAACAGCUUCUCGGCCCAAGACAUUGAUCGCUGGCAGCAGGAGAAUGGCAGGAAGCUGUCACAGCUGGCCCAACAGCAUGGUGUCAGCCAAGAUCAGCUGCAGCAAUGGCAGCGACAAGAACUGCAGCGUUUACAUGUUUAUUUCGACAAGGUAAACGAAUCGCUGGCGCCACAGGUGCCACAAGCGUAUCCCACAUCAAGCUCACUCACGGAGGACAACACCAAGGAGCAGCAGCGUCUGGAUGAGCUGAUACGCCAGCACAAUGCCACAAUUGCCGCACUCCAGAGCUCCAUUUGGAACGAUCAGCAGCGACUGAAGGAUCUUUCCAUCAAGUACCAAGGGGACAUGCAGAACCAAACCCAAUGGCUGCGCGGUGAGGUGGCACGCAUUGGGGAUCUCAUCAAGGAGCAGAACGAACAGGUAUCCAAGAUCUCCGCCUGGCAGAGCUCGGAGCGUGCGCGCCUAGAGAACAUUCUGCGCCAGCAUCAGGGCUCCGUGGGAGAUCUGCAGCAGCAGAUGAUCCAGGAUCGCAACUACAUCCAGAAUCUUGCCACCAAAUAUCGUGUGAGUGUCGACGAGCUGGAGAAGUGGCAGCGGGAGGAGCUGCAGAGACUGCAAGUGCGCGGACAGCAGCAGCUGGAGGAGCACAUCAAGGACUGGCAAAUCAGCGUCAGCAUGAACCUGCGCGACAUUGUGGGACAGAAUCAGCUGACCAUGGAGGAGUUCCAGAACUCCAUUAUCAACGAUCGCUCUAGGCUUGAGCAAAUGGCACGCAUGUACAAGGUAAAGGUGGAGGAGAUCGAGGGCUGGAUCAAGAGCGAGCUGAAAAAGUUCCAGUCGGAGGGUCUGCUCAAGCAAGUCGAACAGGAGCUGGUUCUCUGGCAGCAGAAGGAGCGCGAGCGCCUGCAGCAGCUGGUCCAGCACAACUCCCUGACAGUCGAGCAGCUGGAGGCCAAGAUCAAGAGCGAUCAAACGCACUUCUUCGAGCUGGCCAACACCUACCAGGUGCGCGUCGAGGAUAUUCAGGAGUGGCUGAAGAAGGAACUGUUGCGCCUGCAGAACGAGGGUCUGGUCAAGGCUGAGGCUCUCAAGGAUUGGCAGCAGGUUGAGCGCGUAGAAAUCUCCAAGCUGGUGCAACAAAACAAAUAUUCCCUAGAGGACUUUGAGCGAAAACUCCUAGCCGAUCGGGCGCGUCUGCAGGAUCUGUCCAGCACCUACAACGUGCAGGUCUCGGAGAUUGAAAAGUGGAUCCAGGCUGAGGGCGAUCGGCUGCAGCGCGAGGGUCGCCUCCGCAUGGAGACGGAACUCAAUCACUGGCAGAAGAUCGAGCGCCAGCGCCUGCUGGAUCUGAUCAACAAGAAUGACCUGUCCAUCGAUGAGAUCGAGACAAAGAUCAGUCGCGAUCAGACGCAUCUUUAUAGCCUCGCACAGCAGCAUCAGGUGCGCGUGGAGGAGAUCGAGCAAUGGAUCAAGCAGCAGAUCCAGAAGCUGCAGGACGAGGGACUCAUCGAGAUGCAGCGCCUCAAGAACUGGCAGCUGGAGUGGCGGGGAAACCUCACCAAUAUGGUACAGGAUCGCGACUUUACCGUCGAGGAGUUCCACAAGUGGCUGUUGAAGGAUCGCGCCCAGCUGCAGAGCCUGGCCAUGCAGCACAAUGUGCAAAUCGAGGAGAUCGAGCAGUUUGUCAAGAAGGAGGAGCAGCGAUUCAUUGGCAUGGGUUUGUUGAAGCCCAGCGAGAAGCUCACCAACUGGCAGGAGGUGGAGCGUCUCCAUCUCAAGAAUCUCGCCCAGCAGCAGUACAAAUCCACGGAGCAGCUGGAGGCACGCCUGCGGCAGGAUCGUGAGCUGCUCGAGCGCCUCGCGCGUCAGUACAGCGUGCAGGUGGAGGAGAUUGAGCUCUGGAUGAAGCAGGAGCUGGCUCGCAUGCGCGACGAGGGACAGCUGCAGAUCGAUAAUCUGACAUCCUGGCAGCUGGCAGAACGCGAACGCCUCGAGGCUCUAAUCAGCCAGAACAAACAGUGGAGCGCCGAGGAGCUGCGCGCCGAGUUGGAGAAGGAUCGCGAACAUAUGCAGACCAUGGCCUUUCAGUAUCACACCUCAGUGGAGGAAAUUGAACGCUGGGUUCAAGCGGAGAUUGAGCGACUGAAGCAGCAGGGAAAGCUAAACAUCGAGCAGCUCUCGGCGUGGCAGAGAACCGAACAGCAGCGCAUUUUGUCGCUCCUCCAACAGCACUCGAAUAUCACAUUGGAGCAGUUCCAAGCCAAGGUGCAAAACGAUCGUCGUUUCUUAAUCAAACUGGCCGAGCAGCAUCAUGUGAGCGUUGUGGAGGUCGAAACCUAUGUCAAACAAGUGAUUGAGGACCUGCACAAGAAGGGCCAAUUUGAAAUGGAGCAGCUGCAAAACUGGCAGCUGGUGGAACGUGAUUACAUCAAGAAUUUGAUUGCCGAGUACAAGAAUGGAUUGUCUACGGCGGAAUACGAACAAAAACUGCUCGCGGAUCGCGCUCAUCUCAAUCAGCUGGCGGAUCAGUAUCGCCUCAGUGUGGAGCAGAUCGAGCAGUGGAUGGUCUCCGAGCUGAAGCGGCUGCGCGGCCACACAGAGUCCUCGCUGAAGAGUCUCAGUGCCUGGCAGGUGGCCGAGUUGGAGCGCCUGCAGAAUCUCGUCAAGCAGCAGAAUCAUCUGACCUACGUGGAGUUUGAAAUGGAAUUGAACCAGGAGCGAGAACGUCUGCAGAAGCUGGCCAAUCAGUACUCUGUGAAUGUGGUGGAGAUUGAGGAGUGGCUGCGCCAGCAGUUGGUCAACCUAAAGACCACGGGACAGGGCAAGGUAGAGAAUCUAACCAAGUGGCAGGCUCUGGAACAGCAGCGUCUCAUUGAGCUGUUGCUGAAGAAGCAGCAGGAACUGCCCUACGAGGAUGUGGAACGUGAGCUGACCAAGGACCACGACCGCCUCGAGAGUCUCUCGCAGACGCACCACGUAAGCAUCGAUCAGGUGGAGCAGUGGUCACGCGAGGAACUGAAGCGUCUGCAGAGCUCUGGCUUGGUGCAGUUUGAACAGCAGACUCAGUGGCAGCAGCAGAUCAGCCAUGGCUUCAACGACUGGCUGCAGCAGCAGCGAAAUGGCGCCAGCUACCAGGAGUUUGUGGACUUCCUGAAGCGAGACAAGCAGCGAUUGGAUGGCAUUGCCAGCGACUAUCAUGUGACGGUCGAGCAGGUGGAGAAGUGGGUGCAAAAGGAGGCGGCACGACUCUCCCUCAUUGGCGUCAUUGAUCGGCCACAGAAUAAUGUCAAGUACGAGGAGAUUGUCAACAUUUGGGAGGAUCAGCAGCAGCAGCAGCAGCAGCAACCCAGCUGGAAGACGGAUCUGUUGUCGCGUUUGAGAAGCGUCACCAAGUGGCGUCCCAUGACGCGGCAGGAGUUUGAGAGUUAUUUGAUCCGCAACAAGGCCGUGCACGAGCAGAUUGCCCGACAGUACCAUGUGACCAUUGAGGACAUUCAUCUCUGGCUGGAGAAUAGUGCCCAGAAGGAGGGUCUCAUCACGGUGCCCGUUGUGUUGGAGGCGUGGCAGCUGCAGGAGCAGCAGCACAUCCAGGAUCUGAUUAAUCAGCAGCAGCGCAAGCAGCGUAAGUGGACCAUCGAGGAGCUGGAGCUGAGGCUGAACAAUGACCAGAAGCAUCUGCAGGAGGCCAUCCAGCAGUAUCGCGUGACCAUUGAGGAGCUCAAGGCCUGGUACAAGGAUGAACUGAAGCGUCUGCUGGAUCAACGCAAGAUCGAUCGUGGUUCGGCGUUGUCCUGGCAGAGCCGAGAGCUGGAGCGGAUCUAUCUGCAGGCCGUGAACAAGCCAGACAUUGGCAGGCAGGCGCUGGAGACACUGCUGCUCAGGGAUGUCCACGUUUUGGCCCCACAAUAUCAGAUAUCAGUGGAGACUUUGCGCCUCUUCAUCCACGAGAAACUUAGUCGCUUUGCGGACAUGGGCCUCACCUCGGACACCGUUCGACAGGUGAACAACUGGCACGAACAGGAGCGCAUACGCCUGCGGGAGGUGGCCAGCAAGUUGGUCAUCACUGAGAAGGAGCUGUUGGAGUUCAUUUCGCACGAUGACAACUUCCAGAACCAAUUGGCUCAGGUCUACCAGGUGGGUCUGGCACAACUGGCUCCCGUUCAGCGCAUAAUUAUUGGCAACUUGAACAAGGAGCAGCAGCUGGAGCAGCGUCAGCUGAACUAUCUGACCAACUGGCAGCGUCGCGAAAGGGAUCGCCUGUACGAGUUUAUACGCACCCAGAACAUGACGCAGACACAGCUGAAGAGCUGGCAGAACCAGGACACGAAGCUGCUGCAGGACUUUGCCAGCAAGUACGAGAUCUCCGUGCAGGAGCUCAAGGAGUGGCAGAAACUCGAGCUGGAGCGCAUCCAGAAGGUUGCCUACUACUACGGCAUGACGCAGAGCGAUCUGCAGCAGUUCCGCGAGGGCGAACUCCGUUGGCUGACCUACGCGAAUCAUCGCAAACUAAUGUCCGCCGCCGAGGCACAGAACUGGGAGAAAGCCCACAAAUGGACGCUGGGCAGGCUGCAGAGCAGAUAUGGAAAGUUUGGUCAGGAGUUGGUCAUCUGGCGGCGUGUUUUGUAUCUCCUGAGUCAGGGACUGAUUGAUCUGCCUGCGGGUGGCAGUGCCGAUGGUGGCUAUGUCGUGGAUCCUGGCAGCACCAAUGCCACGCAUGUGUACAGGCCCAUCUUCUCCAAGGAUCGUGGGGAUCAGCCUCCACACACGUACGAGGAGUCCUACGAUGAGACAGAUGAGCCUGGACUAGAGGGUGAGACACGCACGCCACGUCCCUACCCCCGUCCAUCGCCCAUUCUGUCCACCCCGUUGCCGCCGCUGCCCUACAGUCGCAGCUCAUCGCCCAGCGGUGGCUACGAAUACAGUCGCCGCGACUACACCUUCAAUGUGCCCGUGGGUGGCGCCUCAGCCUCGGCCAGCGGCGGACCCACUGGCUCAUCGGCCAGCGCGAGCGCCACCUUGGGCAAAUGGAGUCGUGCCGCCGGCGAGGAGCCUCAGGUCGAGGACUUGGGCCAACAGCAGCAGGUGGAUCUGGGCUGGAACGAGGGACAGCAACAGCAGGUGGGGGAGGAUGCGGACUGGAAUGCCAAAUAUGAGGCGGGACAACAGCAGUCACAGAAUCUCGAGGACUUUGGACAGCAGCAGCAGCAGGUGGAAGUGGAGGAUCUGAGUGGUUUGGGGGCAGGUGGACGUUAUACUGGCCACAGCUCCAGUGGACAGCUGCAGCAGACUCCUUCAAAGCAACUGGAAGUGGAGGCCACCGCGGAGCCUUCGUUCUGGGAUAAGCUCAAGAGCAAGAUCGGUUAGACGGUCCUAUGAAGAAACGCAAGAAACUGCCAUUUAUCGAAUACUUUACGAAUAGUUACGAUUUGUUAAACGAAACCCAAACCACACAAACUUUAAAUAUAUAUUUUCUAAAAACGUUUCUUUAAUAUUUAGUCUAUAAAUAAAUAAAUGAGAUUUUGAGAAAGGUCACACUAGUACCAGCCACA